AUGGUGCACGCACUGGAGGAGAUAAAUCAGAAGCGAGAGCUGGGAAACCUCACCUUGGGAUACCUCAUACUUGACUCCUGUGGGGACGUUACUACUGCCCUGAUACAAACCCAGUCCUUCAUGAUGAGAAACAGUAAUAAUCGCCAAGAUUGUGCACAGCAAUCCUCUCCACCUGUCCUAGUUGUCAUUGGUGAUUACUACUCAGAGAUAUCCAUAAGAGUUACAGGUCAGCUACAUCUGGAGUACAUCCCUGAGAUAAGUUACGGUGCAACUUCUGGUUUCCUGAGUGAUAAAACCCGUUUUCCAAGCUUUAUGAGGACCGUACCACAAGAUGAUCACCAAGCUCGUGCCAUUGCCCAGAUUCUUGAUCAUUACGGUUGGACUUGGGUCGGUGUGGUAGCAACUGAUAGUGAAUACGGUCGCUAUAUAACUGAACGCCUCUGGCAUCAUGCAACCAAAAAAGGCAUCUGCUUCGCCUUCAUCUCUGUUCUUCCAGAUGCUUUAAAUGAUGAAUCACAUGAAGAGAGAAUUAACUCUACAAUCAAAAGCAUCAUAGAUAAUAGAAAUGUUAGUGUUAUUAUUUCCUUUGCCAAAGCUUACUGUAUGAUAGAUAUUUUUGGGAAACUUCUCAAAUAUCCUCAAGCCAGAGGGAAAGUUUGGUUGGCCAGUGAUAUUUGGUCACAGUCACCUGAAGUACUGAGUUCUCAGAACUACAAAUUGAGUGACAUAGGAACAAUCUUUGGGAUCACUCUUAAAUCUGGAAACACAACCAAGUUUGAGCGAUAUCUCGAUGACCUUGAUGAAAACCCCAACCACCACGACAACAACACAUUUUUGGCUAAUUUUUUAAAUGAGCAUGGGACGAAUUCAUCAGAAGAGUUAAAGAAGUUGAUAUAUCCAUAUGCUGUAUUCAGUAUUGAGCUGGCAGUUAAAGCAAUAGCUCAAGCUGUUAAAGACCUCUGUACUAACCGGAACUGUAAAACACAGCCCUUACGGCCAUUGGAGCUACGAAGAGCCUUACGGAAGGCAACGUUCCACAUGGAGGAAAAAAGUUAUUCAUUUGAUCACCAUGGUGACCUCAACUCUGGAUAUGAUAUCAUCCUGUGGAAGCAGACUCAAGAUUCUCUAGAUGUGAACAACAUUUUAGCCUACUACAGUAUAGAACACCAGAACCUGACUUUCACCUCACAGGAAACACAACAGGCUCUUCAGAGACACAUAGGAAAUGUGACUUCCAGGUGCACAGACAGCUGUAGGCCUGGCUACAGGAAGACUUCAGUUACAGGCCAGCCUGGUUGCUGCUAUCAGUGUGAACCCUGUGCUGAGAACCAAUAUUCCAACACCAACGAUUCUGAGACAUGCCAUCCUUGCAAAGAAAACUAUUACUCCAAAAACACCAGUUCAGUGUGUUUACCCAGAAAAACUGAUUUUCUGAAAUGGGGUGAUGUAUAUCUUAUUGUGCUGCUGUCUUUUACUUCUUUAGGAGCAGUGCUUACCAUUGUUGUUGGGAUCAUCUUCCUUGCACACUGGAAUACCCCUGUUGUGCGCUCAUCUGUAGGCCCCCUCUGCAUCAUUCUUCUCCUCUCCCUUAUGAUCACAUUUACUAGUGUUAUAUUAUUUGGUGGUCAACCCAAUAGCUCUCAGUGCCAAGCACGGCAGGUGGUGUUUGGCUUAAGUUUUACCUUGUGUGUCUCCUGCAUCAUGGUCAAGUCCUUUAAGAUCGUCUUAGCCUUUGAGUUUGACCCGGUCAUUCAAAGUGUGCUGAAGAAACUCUACAAGCCAUACCUCAUUAUUGCAGUCUGCAUGGCAGGUCAAGUGGUUAUUGUUACAACGUGGCUUAUACACAGUCCUCCAAACACUGACUCAGAGAUCACACAGAAAAACAUGAAACUGAUAUUUUGUAAUGAGAAACUAAUUCCUGCAUUUGGAGCCAUGCUAGCCUAUAUUGGCCUUUUGGCUCUCAUCUGCUUUGGUGUUGCUUUUAAGGGACGAAAGUUGCCUGACAGUUACAAUGAUGCAAAGUUCAUCACUUUUGCAAUGCUCAUUUACUUCAUCUCCUGGAUCAUGUUUGGCCCAGUCUAUGUCAAUGUCACAGGCAAAUAUCUUCCAGCAGUGGAGAUGAUCGUUAUCCUCAUCUCAUGCUACGGCAUCUUGUUUUGUCAAUUUUUCACAAAGUGCUACAUUAUUCUGUGUAAGAAGGAAGCAAACACAGAGAAAGCGUUCCGUUGCAAUAUUAGGAAUUAUUCCAUGAAUCACAAAGGCAGUGAGGAUGAGCUGUCAUCCAACAGAGUUGAAAACCCUACUUUAUCUGCAUCAGUUGAGUCACAGCAUAACUGGAAUUCAGUCACACCGCCCUGUGUUUCCUCAAACUCUCUCUUUCCAGUCUCAAACUCAUGGAAUAAUGUCCUUGAAAACAACCUGAAAUCCACUAAGAAGACCCUACAGAGAUACAAUAGCUUGCCACCAUCACUAAUCAAAUGA